AUGUGGCACAACUACAGUGACCUCUGCAAAAAGAGGGAAGAAUUUAUAAAAGGUGAAGACAUCUGGAAAAAAACUGCUAAGAGAAAGAUAACGCCCAACAGCAAGUGGGUGGAGAAUGUGGAAGAAGAGAAGCCAACAAAACAGCCAACUUCUGAAUCUGAGGAGUCAUUAGAUGAGGACCCACUGCCCAGAAACUGGAGUAAGGCCCAGCUGCAAAUAAAGGAACUUCAAGCAGAGAACAAGAGGCUUAAAGAAGCCAAUAUGAAAGAGAUACUGGAUGCAAUGAAAGAGCUUCCACUAGUAGUGGAGAUGUUGAAAGGAAUUAUUGAGAACCUCCCAACCUCAAGCCAUGCAUCCAUGUCAUCCCAGUCCAUACAAUCUAUGGACUCACCAGUGUCUGCACAUGCCUCUCCUCAAGUGGACUCUGAUGACAUGAUACUGGAAAUCGUGUUAUUUUCUGCGCCAAUUACCAUGCCAUGCUGUGUGUUUCUCUUCGUUAACGGGGUCAUGUUAUUCACCUUGAGGAGUAAAACAAUAUUUCGUGAGACCUCUCGUUACAUUCUUCUGUUUAACCUCCUUGUUGCAGACACUGUACAGAUGGCACUGAGCCAGUUACUGUACCUACUGGCUGCUUGUAGAAUAAGACUAACAUAUCCUGUAUGUGGUGUUCUUGCCAUGCUUUCUAAUCUUACAAAUGAAAUCUCCCCUCUCACACUGGUGGUGAUGUCUCUGGAGAGAUAUGUAGCUGUGUGCUACCCACUGAGGCACUCUGCCAUCAUCACCAUCAGAAACACAGCAGUGGCUGUCACUGUGGUUUGGACCUUCAGUUCACUAAAUAUUCUCACUCGGGUUCUGUUACUGUUAGAUUUUCCUUUUGAAGACCUGGAGAGUCUGCAGAUGAAAGAUUUUUGUGCCGAAGAAAACAUGUUUGUUGGUCCAGUGUCUGAUGAUUAUAGCAAAGCGUACACUUAUUUUCUUUUUAUAUCAGCAAGUGUGGCAGUCACUUCUUCCUAUAUCUGUGUGAUGAUAGCAGCCAGGUCAGCCUCCACAGACAAAGCUUCAGCUCGCAAGGCCCGCAACACACUGCUGCUGCAUCUGGUGCAGCUGGGCCUCAGUCUCUCUUCAACUAUACACAACCCCUUGGUUACUGCCAUCUCAAAAAUCACUGACAGAGUAAUCAUUAUACGUAUCUGGAGUAUUUUUUAUGUGUCUUUAAUCCUUUUUCCCAGAUGUCUAAGCGCUCUCAUCUAUGGCAUCAGAGACCAGGCCAUCAGAUCCAUCCUCAUGUACCAUCUAUGUUGCCGACUGAAACUUGGACCAUCCCAGCCAAGGCUGAUGUCUCAUCCUAGGCUACAUUGA